UACCAAUUUAGGUCGCCAUUUUGUGUGUGCCGGUGAAUUAACUUCACUGCUUACGAUUGUCAUAGACGAAAAAGCUCCUCGGCAAUUAAAGGAGUAUAUCAACUAUCUAGAAACUUUCCGUUUUACUGAUAAUAUGCAUAUGGUAGUUUUGACAAUGCCAGCUUGAAUCAAAUAAAAUGACUGUUGCAACAAAAGGACAGAAUAUUAGUAAUAAUUCAGAAGAUCAGACACCAGCAGUGCCUGGAUCUUCUGAUAGUAUAAUUCAAGUUCAGAAUGAUACUACUGAACCUGAUUUUCCUCAUGAUCAAUUGACAGCUCUAGAUGAAAAGAUUUCCAGUAUAAGAUGGGUUGUUCCAGUUUUACCUGAUCAAGAAUUAGAAUGCCUUCUGAAAGCUUCAACUGAACUUGCAAAGAAAAAUUUAGAUACAAAAUCAGAAGCAUGUCAAAGAUUCUUUCGUGAAAGUCUGACCAUUUCUUUCAAUAAAAUAAUCCAAGAUGAUGCUGUUUCUAGUUGGAAGCCGAACAUUCAUUUCUGUAUCCAACAAAACUGCCUAAAAUUGGUUGAAUUGUGUGUUGCUAAACUGCCUCAUGAUUGGUUCCCAUUAUUAGACCUUUUAGCAAUGAUUUUCAAUCCAAGUACAAAGUUCCAUACAUUCAAUUCAGCAAGAUCUAGUGAGACAGCCGGGCCAAACUGUAAUUUAUCAGAGGAGGAAUUAUAUGCUAGACCUUCUAUAGAUAUAAGGAACCCCAGGGGUUGGCUAGUAGACCUUGUCAACAGAUUUGGGGAGUUAAAUGGUUUCCAUAUACUCUUAGAGAGAUUUCAAAGUGGAGUCAAUCUAAGUGUGUCUAUUGUGUAUGCACUAAUCAAGCCCUUUGGUUUUUGUUAUGAGUUUUUGACACCACAUACUAUUCACAAAUUUAUGCUUCCAAUAUUGGAAAUGAUACCAGCCAUUCUUGACAAGAUCACUGAUGAUGAACUGAAAAGAGAAGCAAAAAAUGAAGCGAAGAGUGAUAAUAUAUCGAAUAUAAUAAAAGCUGCCAAAAACUUGGCUUCUCGUGUAUCAAAUCAAGAAGAACUCAUAAGAACUUUGGAAGGGUUUCGCUUAAAAAUGAUCUUAAGACAACUUCAAAUAUCUAGCUUUAAUGGUAAAAUGAAUGCAUUGAAUGAAAUCAACAAAGUGAUUUCCAGUGUUACUUACUACCCAAAUAGACAUCAUGGAAUGGAGGAUGAUGAUUGUUUAACAUCAGAAAGGAUGGCCAAAUGGAUAAAUGAGAACCAUGUGCUUGAGAUAGUCCUUAGAGAUUCGUUGCAUCAGCCACAAUAUGUAGAAAAACUGGAGAAGAUCCUGCGGUUUGUGAUCAAGGAAAAGGCCCUUUCCCUCUCAGAUCUCAACGCUGUUUGGGCUGCCCAGGCGGGAAAGCACGAGGCUAUUGUGAAAAACGUGCACGACCUACUUGCCAAGUUGGCCUGGGACUUCAGCCCGGAGCAGCUGGAUCACAUAUUCGAGUGUUUUCAGAACAGCUGGACGUCCGCGUCCAAAAAGCAGAGGGAGAGGCUACUGGAACUGAUCAGGAGGCUAGCUGAGGAUGACAAGGACGGUGUGAUGGCGCACAAGGUGCUCACUCUUUUCUGGAACCUUGCGCAUGCCGAGGACGUGCCUACCGAGAUCAUGGAUCAAGCUCUCACUGCCCAUGUGAAGAUCUUGGAUUACAGCUGUGCUCAAGAGAGGGAUGUUCAGAAGACUGUGUGGCUGGACAAGUGUGUAGACGAGUUGAAGAAGGGGGACAAGUGGGUUCUGCCCGCCCUUAAGCAGAUCAGGGAAAUUUGCAUCCUAUACGAACAGAGCACAAAUGGGGGUCACAGUCAGCGCAGUCAUCACAUCUUCUAUAGACAAGAAGUCAUCGAGAGGUUGCAGAAUCAGCAUUCUUUGGUUAUUCUGGUCACUAAUAGCCUGACUAGCUAUAUGGAUCGACUUAGAAUCUUGUACAAAACAAAUCCGGAAUUGACAAGUGAAUCAUAUACUCCGGAUGGUCGAUAUUGUCACACUUCUCAGGUUCAAGAACGUCUCAAUUUCUUAAGGUUUCUCCUGAAAGACGGCCAGCUGUGGCUGUGUUCCGAUCAAGCGAAACAGAUAUGGCAGUGUCUGGCAGAAAAUGCGGUGUUCCAAUCUGACCGAGAGGCCUGUUUCAAAUGGUUCUCCAAGUUAAUGGGCGACGAACCCGACCUAGAUCCGGGCAUCAAUAAAGACUUUUUCGAGAAUAAUAUUCUACAAUUGGACCCAAGCCUAAUGACAGAGAGUGGUAUUAAAUGUUUCGAGAGGUUCUUCAAAGCUGUCAACAUGAAGGAGGGAAAACUCAAACUGAAGAGACGUACCCACCUAACUGAAGAUCUGGAUCUCAUAGGUCUGGAUUAUUUAUGGAAGAUAGUAACUGUCUGUGGAGAUGACAUAGCGUUGAAGGCGAUAGAGAUUUUGAAAGAAGUCAGCACGAAUCUGGGUCCCAAAUUAAUAGGGGCUCAGAUGCAGUUCCACGAGAACUUCAUAACCGAGUGUUACGACAGACUGAGGGCUCACUACGACACGGUGAGGGUACUGCAGGACUCCGACAACGACAAGAAGUUCGAGAGUUCAAAUCAGUUGCAGAACCGGAUUAGGGCAGAGGCGGUGAAAUUGUGUCGGGUUAUCAGAGUGUUGCAUGAGUAUCUCAGCGAGUGCGAUAGCGCUUUUGUUGGUGACAGGAAGAUACUACCACUAUACAGGGCGUGCAGGGGGAAACACCUCACGCUCAUUGUGAGAUUCUCCAGUCCCAAUAGGCCCGUGGAGGAUCUGGAGCUGUUCACUCACUCGAAUGACACAGUGGCUUCGUUGAGGAAGAACAUAGCCAGAAGGAUCAAACCCGGUAUCCAUUGUAAAUUGGAAUUGUCUCUUAACGGUGAAUGUCUGGAUCCCAUUGACGAUAAGAAGCUCCUGUCUCAGAUAUCUCUUAGGGAUAAGAUGUUGAUCUCAGCUAAGGUUAUCCAGAUUAAUUCCAAUAUGGCAUCGUCCCAGGACAGCAGCUCUGAUAGUUCGACUUCUUCACCUCAGCAUCCGUACAACGAUACAACAAUCGAAGCGGAUGCUAUCCCUUCCGCUAUUUCUGCGGGAAAAUUGGUGGAAAAUUUUCUCCCUGGAGUCAUGAUGGCCACACAUCACGUAUAUGCAAUAUUUUUUUGUCAGCUAUAUCAAUUGGGUAGCGAUCUAGGUUUUACCCCUCUCAGAGACGGGGCGCGGGCUUUACUACAGAUUAUACCAUGUGACACCACCACCAUGGAAAAUUGGGUGGGAAUAUUGAUGAGCAACUCUGUACCCGGUGAACCCAAGAUGUGUCUGGAUUCGUUCCUCACGAAGAGGUCGCCUUCUGAGGUUUUAUAUAAUUUGGAAGUAUUGUAUGCCAUGCUGAUGCCCGCCCUCGAUUUAUCAGAGAAAACUUACGAAUUUCAAUAUUGCUUCAUGACCAGCGGGUUUGCGCACGUCUUCUUGGAAAUGUUGACUAAGAACAAUUUUAUGUCUGACGCGGACCACGCCACCAAACGUGCAGCCUACCUUGUAGUUCUCAAGAUAAGUAAGUUGAUACUUACUUCCAUUGCUCACGUACUAGUCAGAUUGAGUGAAGAUCACACACCUCAAGAAACCGAAGCCAAUGGUGAAACUGUUAUCACUCCCGGAAUGUUCUUGAAGAAUGCCCUCAGAUCUGUACCUGGGCAUUCGGAUCACAUUCUGCGCCAAGUUUCGAUAAAACUUAGUCAGGGACUUGCCCAACUGAUAGUCGCUGAAUCGGAAGAUGGUACAGCACAAGCCGAUGCCCUCUUCAACCAAGCCUUGAAUUGGGAACUGCCCGAUCUGGCUACUACCCUCGCCCUAGUCAGACUGAUCUGGGCUGCCAGCAGCAACAACCUUUCCGAACUGAAUGCCUCCCCGGAGACGCUCCAUACCCUGUCCGAUCCCAACAGGCAGGACGCCCCUGUAUCCCUGCAACCGGAAGACAUACUCCUCUGCAAGGAGGCGUUGGAACUGCUUAGCAUAGCGUUGGUCUUGAAUCCAAGUAGCCUGGACCACCUAUGCCACGACAAGCGAUGGCCUUACUUCGUCACCGAUCUGGUUCUACUGAACCCCAGUUCCGCGAUCAGGGUAGCCGCUGCCGAACAGCUCAUCACCAUCUGCACAAGCGGCGCCAGCAGUCGACUCGCCCUCCAGCUGAUUCUGCCCCUUCUGUUCGACCUGCUUGACAACAUGGUGAUCGAGAACGCAGAUACCUGUCACGAAUUCUUCCAACUGCUGUGUCAGUUGGUCAGCGUGGCUCACAUCACCGGCUGCCCCCUGGAUUACGCCGACUCGCUGCUGGGACACGAGGUGGCCUGGUUGCGGAGAGCCAGAGACAAGCAUGAGAUACUCAUCGAGGGACAUCUGGGACUGGCCAAAGAAUUACUGUGUUUUGUCAGUGCGGAGCAGAAGUGUGAACUUGGCAGCACCGAAUCGGGUAGUCUGAUAAGAGAGCUGUUGGAGGAUUUCCUGUUUCCGGCAAGCAAGCUGAUGCUGCAGCUUAUUAAGACGGGUCAACUGGGCGAGGAUCCGGCGACUCCUAUAUGUGAGACGCCUCAAACUCAGGCGGCCGCUUUUGAUCUUCUGAUCGCUCUGUGCGCAAACUGCGUUCCCAACUAUCAACAAUUGGUGGGGAUGUUGACUGAGAUGUUCUAUUCCGAUCCUGAUACUACACUGCUCGAGUGGGAUUACCUUCCCACGAUCGGACCUAGACCGCUCCAAGGAUUCGUCGGCUUGAAGAACGCCUGCGCCACCUGCUACAUGAACUCGGUACUACAGCAGCUUUACAUGGUCGACAGCAUACGACAGGGUGUCCUGGCGGCAGAGGGCGCUGCCAUCGAUCCCAACGAAGACUUCAGCGGCGAGGAAAGGCUCGACCUGGAUGCUGAUUGUACCGAUUCCCGAUGUUACGUCGACGACGACAGAAAGGACUACAACGUCGGCAUACUGAAGCAGGUUCAGGCGAUAUUUGGCAACCUCGCCUAUUCCCGUCUUCAGUACUAUGUGCCCAAGGGACUCUGGAGACAUUUCAAACUUCAAGGUGAACCUGUAAAUCUGAGGGAACAACAGGACGCAGUAGAGUUCUUCAUGUCGCUCGUGGAGAGUCUGGAUGAAGCUCUGAAGACUUUGGGGCACGAACAAAUCAUGUCAAAGAUUUUAGGAGGGUCCUAUUCUGACCAGAAAAUAUGCAAGGAAUGCCCUCAUAGAUAUUCCAAAGAGGAACCAUUUAGUGUGAUAAGUGUCGACAUUAGAAAUCAUAGUAGUUUGCAAGAUUCCAUGGAACAAUAUGUUAAAGGUGAAAUUUUAGAAGGCGCAGAUUCGUAUUUCUGCGAAAAAUGCGCUAAGAAGGUGGUGACGGUGAAAAGACUUUGCGUGAAAAAGUUACCCCCAGUAUUGGCCAUACAGUUGAAAAGGUUCGAAUACGAUUUUGAGCGAGUGUGUGCCAUCAAGUUCAAUGACUAUUUCGAAUUUCCGAGGGACCUUGAUAUGGAACCUUACACCGUUCAAGGCCUGGCCAAGAUCGAAGGAGAAAUGAUUGACUGUGAUUUAGAUCCUAGUGCUAGUGAAGUGUGCACCAAAUACCGAUUGUCUGGAAUCGUUGUUCAUUCUGGCCAGGCUUCGGGAGGUCACUACUAUUCUUAUAUACGUCAUAGAAAUCCAUCUGGCGAGAUAAGAUGGUACAAAUUUGAUGAUGGAGAUGUAAGUGAAUGUCGAAUGGGAGAAGAUGAAGAAAUGAAAGUACAAUGUUUCGGUGGAGAAUAUAUGGCGGAAGUUUUCGAUCCAAUGAUGAAAAGAACCACUUAUCGUCGCCAGAAACGUUGGUGGAACGCUUACAUGCUGUUUUACACCAGACAAGAUUUGGUGAAAGAGAAUCUGGUAAAGGGUCUGGAGGAUUUGAGUUUGUCAGAAAAGAAAGGAAAUCGUCUAAAGAUGCCCAUAGCCAUUGAGAACAGUAUCAGGAAACAGAAUAUAAAAUUUUUACAUCAUCGCAGUCAGUUCUCGUUGGAAUAUUUUCAAUUUAUUAAGAAGAUGGGAGCAAAUAACGCUCAUCUGGUGCCUAGGUCCAAUAUCAGCAUUACUGCUGAAAUGGAACAGCAGAGUCUUCUUAGUCUACAACUAGUCAGCAAUUUCCUUUUUCACACUGGAUGGCAUACCAAAAAAAAUCUAAGAGGACCUGCACUAGAAUGGGGUGAUGUAGUGUGCCUUCAUCUUAGAAUAAGUCCAGUGAUCAGAUCGUGGUUCGCCCACAACAUUUUGUUCAACAGUCCUCAAAGAUUCUGCGAAUAUCUACUCAGCUGUCCUAGCAACGAAGUUCGCACCGCCUUCAUGAAGAUUGUGGUACUUCUGGCACAUUUUUCAAUCAACGACGGACCAUGUCCGCCACCUCUCGGAUUCAACAAUCAGGAUCCAAAAGCAUCUCUGAGCGACCACAUUCUGCUUGCCAUAUUGGCAUUGUUGCAACGCGAGGUUAGCGAACACGGCCGUCACCUGCCCCAUUACUGCAACGUGUUCCACAUGUACGCCAGUCAAGGUUACCAAGAAAAAGCUCAAUUAUUGAAAAUGAACGUUCCUGCUACCUUUAUGCUGGUGGCUUUAGAUGAGGGGCCAGGUCCUGCUAUUAAAUACCAAUAUACUGAAUUAAGUAGGCUCAACCAAUUGGUUUCUUGUCUUAUACGAUGCUGUGAUGUUAGUUCAAAGUGUCAGUCGAGUACAGGUGCCGUCAUUUUACCAAAUCCAUAUGGCGAACUUGGUAUUAACGAGUACAUAAUGCCUCUCUCAGCAAGAGCUUCAGAGAUACUCUACAAUAAUAACGGCUACAUAAAGAAAGUAAUAGAGGACAACAAUCCUAGCGACGAGACGGUAAAAUUGCUACAGUUCUGCUGCUGGGAGAACCCCCACUUCUCCAGAAUCGUCCUAUCCGAACUUCUCUGGCAAAUCGCUUUCGCCUACUGUCAAGAACUGAGGCCGCACAUGGAGAUCCUCCUCAGCAUUCUGAUCAUAGAGGACUCCUGGCAGACGCACCGGAUCCACAACGCCCUGAAAGGCGUACCGGAAGACAAGGACGGACUAUUGGACACCAUAAACAGGGCCAAGAACCACUACCAGAAACGCGCCUAUCAAUGCAUAAAAUGCAUGGUAGCGCUGUUCAGCAGGUGCGCAACCGCGCAGAAGAUGCUGCACACCCACGCCGAUCUGAAGAGGCAGUGGAUCCUGGCGGUCAACUGGCUGCAGGAGGAGAUGGAGAGGAAGUACCCACAGAACAGCCAAUACACCUAUAGCACCUGGUCGCCGCCAGCUCAGAGUAACGAGAAUUCUAGCGGUUACUUCUUGGAGAGAUCCAGCAGCGCGAGAAAAACUCUGGAAAGGGCACUCGAACUGAUGCCAGAGAGCGAGAGGGAAGAAGAGUAUCUGAGCGAGAGAGAGGAGGAAUAUCUGAGCGAGAAGGAGGCUCAGGACGAUUCGGCGGAAGUGCAAGGGGAGGGUAGCUCCGACAUGCCAGACAUCACCCAGAGUUGCGAGAGCACGUCAAAUCCCUAGUGAGCCAACCUAUUCGCUGGGUUUAAGCCGAUAAAUAACAGUACAAAGUUCGCCGAAGUCAAAGAGGGCGUUACUGCUGCUGAUUGUAAUUAAUGAAAUUGUUGGGGAAACGGAAAGGAUGAAACAAAAGAGUGAAUUUUGUACUGACAGUACCGUUUAAUUUAUCAUUAUUUAUUCGACAGGAAUGAGGGACAUGUGAUAAUUAUAUGUAUAUAAAUCGUAAACUGAUGCAUUUCCAAACUUUUAUAUUGAAUGCAUUUUUGCCCCCGCUUGGAUGAGUUUCUCGAACGCCGAGCGUCCCUUGUCUCCAAUGAAAACGCCCUUCUGAUUCGUGUCUCCACAGACGGAAGGUAGAUUAGAUUUAGAUUUGAGAAAAGUUCAUAUUAAUCCUUGUCCUCGGUUUUCCGAUUUCGCCAUUUCUGUUGUGUUACUUCAGUUGCUUAUCCAGGGGAGAGAUAAAAUUAAGAAAGAAAAAUUUGUAGGAAUCAAUUUUAAUGUGAACUUUUUCAAGCGUUCUGUAAUUAUUUGGAUUCAAUCAAUUGUUUGCCAAGUGUUUGUGACAGCAGUGUAAAGGAUUAAGUUUAAGUCGCUCGAAAUGUGUAAAUACUAUUACUGUCGCCUAGAGUUUUUAUUGUUUUUACUUGUUAUUAUAUUAUUUUUAUAAAACUUCUCUUGUGAUAAAACAACUGUUUAUAAUAAACAGGACGCUGUAAUUCUGUUAAUAUACUUCGAGUGAUUUUCAAAGUAGUUAUGAGAAAUAAACAGUUAAUCUCUUCAAGAAUGUCAAGUGUAUGUAAAUAUUUAGCUAAAUUGGAGUUGUUUGUACCACAUUAUUAUCGUUAUUUUUUUGUGAUGAUAAUAUCUUUGUUUUGUUGAAACUGAUUUUUUCCUUUGAAGUCAUAACGAAUAUUAAUUAUUAAUUAUGUGGCAUCAAAAGUAUUCACUUCAGUUCAGAAAUUGUUGAUAUUUUAAUUUUUCUACUAGAAUUCUCUGUUUAGUAAGAACCAUACAAAUUUUUUUGGUGGAGAUGUUUUAGUAUUCACACUUGAAUUUACAAAAUCAAAAGUUUUAUGUCCGUAUAUUUUAACUUAAUGAUUCCUAGGACCAAUGGAGUUUAUCUUAAUCAAAUAGCUUAUUAUUCAAGUGAUUAAUGAAUAUUAAAGUACAUUUGAAAAGAUUUUCAAAAUGUUCUUUCCCAUUCAAAGAGUAAUUUACAUACUACAUAUUGAAAUCAACAUAUUUAAAACUUAUAAUAUGCCCCAGUGAACUUUGCAGUAUCAUUCAAAUUUUGAAAUGAUUAAUUCUAGUUAUGACUUCCUCAAUGAUCAUCGUUAAUCCAAUGGAUUCAGGUUCUUUGUAUGCGUUUUGGGCGCAUGCAAAGAAACGUUUUAUUCAAAAAUUCAAUGCAAUCAACGCAAUUCUUUGUUUGAUGUUAUCUCUCACUUUAUAACGAAUCCAUUGAUUAUUGGCCUUCUGCAUAUUUAAUAUGAGAGAGGAAAAUUAUAACACUAAUUUAUGAAUGAUGUAUUUUCCUGUUUUGAAUGUUUCUCAUUUAAUAACUCCCUGCUUACAAUUAAGCUUAUAAAUUUGUUUGUAUUAUAAUUUAUCAGGAUUAUAAUAAAAUCUCUACUCUACAAACUGUCUAAUUUGAA